UGAUAAAUGAAGCCAUUAUCGCGUUACAAUGUAGUUGUAAGGUUUUCAAACGUAAAACUCAAAAUCGAACGAAUAGCUGUUUUAUUUUUCAAAUCUGAAGCUAUCCACUUUAGUUAAAACCUUUAAAAACUGAAAAGCCAAAUGAACCAUUACUUUGAACGCCACAGUACGCUAGCUAAGUUAAUAACGUGUUACUAAAGUACUGUUUCAACAUCAUAUGGUAGUGCGAUACAAACAUGUCUUUUAAACGGGAAGGUAACGACAAGAGUCAGCUAAAUAUCCUCAAGAAACGUCGCGUCGCAGAUCUCCUGUCAAACUUUAUACCAGAGGACGAAGCAACACUUCUGAGCAAUGGAAGAUACACUUGUCUUGUGUGCAACUACCGCCCUGUGUUCGACACAGUCGACAUGCUGACAGUCCACAGGAAAGGGAAAAGGCAUCUAGAAGGUUUGAAGGCAUUCUAUGGGAGGAAGGCCCAGCUGAAGCACGAAAUAACAAAAAGGAAACAAGAAAAUUUAAUCGAAGCUGAAGACCAGCGGCAGGAAGGAUCCAGUUCAGCAGCUCCUUUAUUGGCACGAACGAGGAAGCUGACCCAUCACGCUUUGCUGAGGACGGCCCCAUAUAACAGCUGCCAUCAAAGAAUUAGCAGAAAAACUGUGAAAGGCCCAGGAAACAGCCGAAGUCCACUUGAUCUUGUGGCGUCACCUUGCGGAGCUACGGAGUCAGCUGAUGUUUCGAGCAUGCCAGGGAGUGACCAGUCACAUUCAUCAAACACCACAGGAGGGCGUCCCCCGUCUGCGACGCCAGCAUCUGAGCCCAUGUCGGCCCAGAGGAGACGCGAGCUGGAGCAUUAUCUCAAACUGAAAAGCGACGGAUGGCUGCAGGACACAAGCGGCCGCUGGGUUAAAGACGGCGACGUGGAGUUUGAUUCCGACGAGGACGAGCCUCCUUCGCUCGCAAGCGUGCCUUCAGGGGACACCUGUGAAGAGCCAUGAGGUUCCCUCUCUCAAACCUCAAGACUCACACUUCCUGGAUAGCUGAGAUUCUCCGAUAUGAAAUGUGACGCCUCCCUUGCCCCGAGUGUACCCCUCAUAGUUUCUGCAUGAUUCCCGCUCAGCUUAAGUGUAAACCUGAAGUGGACGAGCUGGUCGGGUGCUAAUUUGGGGCGUGAUUCCUCCAGUUAGCAUCGCGCUCAGCAAAGUGGCGGUAAAUUAGAGAAGCACGCGAGGGUCAGGGGAGCUAAGUCAGGGGGUGCGGGGAGGAGAGGGGGUGCUGGACACUUCUCAAUGCCGCUAAUGUGCCGAAUGCAUCGUGCAUCCAGGAGGAGUCAUUCAAUACAUCCAGUUGUCAGAGGCAAUCGUCAAACUGCGCCAUCGUAGUCCAGAGUGGUACAACACCGCCAUCUACAGGAAUCUGUUAGUCAUUACAGUGGUUUACAAACCUGAAUUUCACAGACCUCUUCCUCCAGCGCCUGCCUGUUGGAAAAACAAACUUGACGAAUAUAUACGUCGGUGGCAGUGAACUGUUGAAUUCCAAUUGACAAAUAUAAAUGUCCAUGGCAGUGAAUGUUUUCAUGUGCAAACUGCUGAUGACACAUGUGAGUACACCCCUAAGUGAAAAUUUCCAAAUCGGUAUCAGGAGUAAUAAAGCCAAUCCCAGAAGGGAAACAAAUUUAAAGAGCAAAACUUUGAAAAGCUCAAAUAGUGGUCGCCAUGGAACUCGGCUGGCCAUCACUUUAAAGGAGAACAAAGAUGAAAAACAUGACGGGCAAGGAAGAGAAGGAAAUGCCAGCCAUGUUGUGGAAAUCCUGGGAGGUUAGCAGCUGUUACUACCCAUAAAGCGCCGAGGGUGCAAAGGAGUUCCUCUUCUAUGUGGAACGCCGUAACUGAAGCCCGGCCGUCCGGAUCUGUUUCACUUUGCGUCCCGGGAGGAUAAAAAUAGCUCAGGUGCUUGUGGGAAGUGCUUGGAUCAAAAGUGACUUAAAGGAGAUUUGCAUGAUUAAAAUGAAACCUUAGAAGGUUGUCAGGAGACCACAUGCCAGAGGUGAGGACAUCAUGGAAUUAGGGAUGGGCAAAAUGGCUUUCAAAUAAAAUCUUGAUUUUAUGAACAAAAAUCAGAUUUUUUUUUUUUUUCACCCCUCCCAAAUUUUAAUCACCCAGCUGGUCUUUUGUUGAGGGUACACAUACCUCAUUUUUGUGUGUUCUGUU